AUGCCUCUCGUAGUCCCCGGUCUGCAGUCCAAGGACGGCUCCUCAGGCGACGACUGGCUUACCAAGCUCAUGGGCAAGAAGCUCGGUGACCAACACAACGAGACUGUAAGCUCUGCUCCCCCUCACCCCGUCAUCUUCCUUAUCUACCAACGUCAUACGUGCGUGCCAGUGGACUUAUCCACUGUCUUCUGUGUCCUCACAUCAUCCCUGUGCACACAUAUCUGGAUAGCACGCAACAUCGAGAGAUCGUUCAUCGCUGACCGACUGUGUUUCCUGCAGACGUUCGCCAAAACCGAUCUCCCCAAGGAGCACCGCGUUCUCAAGCCCGACUCGAUGAGCACGAUGGAUCAUAAGCCCGAUAGGCUGAAUGUCCAUGUUGAUGAAGAUGGCACCGUUAAGAAGGUUACGCACGGUUAA